UAAAUAAAAGAGCUAAUACCAAAUUUAAAGCCUGAAACGUACGCUAUGUGGAAAUAAUAGAGAGGUCCGCUCAACUCCACCGCCGCCGCCACCACCGCCGCCACCACCUGGCACCCUCCUCCUUCCGUCCUCUGUUCAGUUCAACUUCAAGCAACCAACUCCCUUAAUUCUUGGUAGUGAAAACGUAGGGAUGAAGAAUUGUGUUGGGUUUCAGAGUGUUGUUCGUUGUUCUUGAAGCUUGAAAAUGGCGUCGAUUCAUCCAUCGGAACUUGAUUCCAACGCGACCGACUCUGUUGCGUCAUCGCCGAGGUCCGACCACCACUUUAACUUAUCUAACGAUCCACAUGCUCGAGUUCGAUUCAUGUGCAGUUUUGGUGGCAAGAUCUUACCCCGACCGCAUGAUAAUCAGCUCCGAUACGUCGGUGGCGAGACUCGCAUUGUCGCGGUUCAACGGUCCACUGCUUUCUCCCACUUUCUCGCCAAACUCGCUAAGAUCACCGGUACAAUUAAUAUGACCAUAAAGUACCAGCUUCCCAGUGAAGAUCUUGAUGCCUUGAUUUCGGUGUCCACGGACGAGGAUGUCGAGAAUAUGAUGGAUGAGUACGAUCGGCUCGUACAGAAUCACAAUCCGAAAUCGGCGAGGCUCCGAUUGUUUCUGUUUCUGAAAGGGGAAGAUUCCAGAGCUAGUAGUAUUAAUUCCCUUCUAGGCGGUUCGACAAAUCGGGACCACUGGUUUCUAGACGCUCUCAACGGCGGCGCUCCGGGGCCGGAGCUCGAGCGUGGCCGGUCCGAGGUUUCGUCCAUCGUCUCUGAAGUCCCGGACUAUUUGUUUGGUCUCGAUAAUCAGGAAGAUGCUUCGACUCAAUCACGAGAACCCAAGUUGAAAAGUCGAUUUAAUUUGAAUCCAUCUGAGAAUGUUUCGGUAUCGGAUCCCGGAUCGCCAGCUCCUGUUGUGCCGUCAGCGACUUGUGUGGCUACGAUGCCUAAUCUUCCACCGGUUAAAACCCGGCCCGACACGCCAUCGCCGAGAGCGGAGCCGGUGGAUAAAACGCCGGAGAAUUGUGAGCCGCCGGUGAUGCCGUUCUCUCAACCGGCCGGAUUUCCGAAUAACCCGAUGAUGCAUUAUUUCCCGGGUACAAAUUACCCGGGUCAUCAACCGGUCGUCUACCUUCUUCCCGGUCAGAUUCCACCCGGAAAUGUCCCGAUUCAGCAUAUCCCGAUGCAGACUCCCCCGCCGUACGUUCAACAGUUCCCACCGAUGGGUGGCGGUCAGGUGCCGAUGACAUAUCGCCACCCAGUUACGAUGGGCGGUCAAAUGUACGGCGGAGGCAUGAGUCCGGUGAGUGGUUACGACCCACAGGCGGAGGCGGCCAGGAUCGCUGCAGAUGGCGGCGUUAGUCAACAGAUGUACUAUGGAGUCCAAACCACGGCGAGGACUCCGCCGUAUACAGCGGGCAUGAUGGGUCAUCCGGUGGGCGAAGAGGUUCGGGGAAGUGGAUCUGAAACAAGGGCUGGUAGCCGAGUAUCGCCAUAGCAAUAGAACUCGGUUGAAAUGAAUAAGUAAAUUUAUUUUUAAGUUUCACAGCAAAAUAUUAUUUUGGUUGCGUAAAUGGAUUAAAUUGGGACUGUAAUUAGUGGUUCAUUUUGGGUUUCUCUUGAUUCAGUGGCGUGACUACUCUGUAAAAUUAGUGUUACAAAACUUCUUACACAACAUUUUACUA